GACCAUCGAGCGUGGUUUCCUCCCUUGUCCUUUUCAGACCCCUUACUCCCCACUUAACUGAACUUGCACUUGGGAUAAGACAGAGGACAAAGACAUCAGCAAAAGCACGAGCAACUCCCCAGGCUCCCCUUGGCCUCAGCUUCUCCACCUGCUAACCUGUGGUAGCCCCUCUCUCUGAGUUUGCUGUGAGGGCCCAGUGAGCUCACCAUGAGCAAAUGCAGCUGACACGGAAAGCUCCUGCUCUGCCACCAUGCAGGCAUGGAAAAUCUCUUUCCACUGGAAUCCAGGAGGAGAGACGGAAGAGAAAGAAAAACAAGCUCAGAGCAGUCCAACCUGGCUAGGGCCUUCUGUUUCCUCAGGGGCACCCCACACCCACCACACACUGGGAUGAGCGCUUGCAGAGGAACAACUCAGAUGUCACACAUUCCAGGACCCACAUCCGUAAACACACAGCAAGUCCGCCAGUGCCAGCACCUCCCCCAGCAAAUCAAGCAGCUGUCCCAGCGGGCAUAGGGUCUCUGCAGCCAUUUGUUUUCCCCAGGGCUGCAACCCCCAGACAGCAGUACUCGGAGUCCCUCUCAUCUCCGAGAAUAAACUCUGAAGCCAGCAACCCUGCCGACCUGAAUCAUCAGGGAGCCUGUCAGAGGAGGGGCAGUGACUCCCGGACAAGCAAGCAGGCUAUAUAAGUUCCAGAAGGCUGGGCUCCGCUCAGAUCUUUUCCAGCAGCUGCUGUUUACCAGAGAGGUGCCUUCGGAGACCCAGCACUUAUAAAACACCCACCAUGUCCCAGGCUGGUGCUCAGGAAGCCCCCAUCAAGAAGAAGCGCCCCCCUGUGAAGGAGGAGGACCUGAAGGGGGCCCGAGGAAACCUGACCAAGAACCAGGAAAUCAAGUCCAAGACCUACCAGGUCAUGCGGGAGUGUGAGCAAGCUGGCUCGGCCGCCCCAUCGGUGUUCAGCCGCACCCGCACAGGCACGGAGACUGUCUUUGAGAAGCCCAAAGCCGGACCCGCCAAGAAUGUCUUCGGCUGAGAAGUGCACACCACUCCCCUUGCUGCCCAAAUGCUCAGAAACUGCAGCCUUUCCCAGGAACUCUUUUUUUAUGCCAGAACGCCUCCUGUCCCCUGCCGUCUCUGGGGCUGCCACCUCCCCUUCAGACCUGGCCCUUCAGCCAAGGGCUUUGCACCAGCACCUUGAAGCCCCAAUAAAGAGGAUGCACAAGUGGCCCCAGCA